AUGGCUAAUAAUCUAGAACCCGACCAUGGCAGUCAUCAGCACGACUCCGUCACGUCCGUCACCGACUGUAUCUUGGGCCUCAGAAAGAAGGUCGACAAUGACGAGCUCCCAGGCUUCGCGGAGCUGAUUGACGACUGGUUUGAUCCGAAGGUUGAUGUGGAUGAAGAGCAGUUCAUCCGCCGGUUUCUGCAUACUUUCAAACAAACUGACAAAGACGAUACAUAUGGGAAAAUCAUUGGCGACUACGACGACGAUGUACAGGGAAUCUUCAACGACUUUGUGGAUGGCAAGAUCGAUGCCAACGAAGCUGGUCAGCGAUAUAAUCAAGCUGCUACGGAGAAAGGUCCAAGACUGAAACGGGAUAUACGGAGAGGGCUCGCCAGUCCCGUUCCUGGCGAGACAAACAUCCUUUCAGAACCUAUCAAUCUUCUGCUGGCAGCUCCAACAAGCAUCCCUUCUCGCAUCAGAGGGCUAUUCGCCAGGGUCUUCCCGUCUCUGAAAGAUCCCAAACGUGCACUUUAUAUUCCGACUUACAAGAACCUCGAGUUUCUCAACCACGGUCGGACGGUGGAAAACACCCCAGCACUAACAUGUGUACCGAACACUUCUAAAGACGUCUGCGAUAUCAUCAAAUUUGCAAAGAAGCAGAAUAUGGGUAUUCGAGCCUCGGGGUUCCGUCAUUCGUGGUCCCCCGUCUUUGGUCGUUCCAACAAGAAGGGCAGCCAGAACAACGGUGAUAUUCUCAUCUCCACCCUGGGACUUAUCGACGCUUCGAUACUACCGAACCUCACAUCCGUACCGACUGACAUCUUCCAACCGCGAGCAAAGGACCUGAAUUCGAUAGUGGUCGUCGACCACACCUACGUUAGAGGUCCUCAGCUCACGGGCGGGAAGAAGUAUGUUCGGGUUGGAACUUCGACCACCAACGAGCAGCUCCGCAGAUGGUGCAUCAAUACCGGCAAAGUCACGAUGCCGAUGAACAUCGUCGAGGUUGAGAUCACCAUGGGUGGAAGUAAUGCCACAAUCUGCCACGGCGGUGGAAUUCAAAACCCAACAAUCUCUGAUCUCGUCCGGUGUAUUGAGUACGUAGACGCCAACGGCAAGCUCUACAAAAUCGACAUGUCUACUCCUGACCUCCUCAGAGCUGCGGCAGGCUGCUUCGGCCUCAUAGGCAUCGUCACACAUCUGGUGCUGGAGCUGGAUCCUCUAUCGUGUGCGCUCAUGGCACCCCGCAAAGUUCCUGUCAUCGAAGCGAUUCCUCCACCACCAGGCAUGCCAGAGUCGGCGAUUCCAGCUCCCUUACGGCCAAAGCAUCCUUUGAGCGCGGAGCGGAAAGCCGAGAUUCAGCGAGACUUUGAGACCCGCGCCACGACAACCGACUACGCGGAGUGGUUCUGGUUCCCCUAUUCAAGCGAGGUCUGGGUGAACACCUGGCACAAGACACUCGACACCUCGAAUGCAGUCACCUAUCCAAGCAACACAAAGACGAUCUUACAGGUUUUGGGCACCUUCAUGGUCCAGAUCGCACAAGAUGCGACGAUCCUGCUGAAGCUGACCGAGGCUCUUCCGGAAACGCAGACAAAGCUGCUCACCUGGCUGGCGAUGAAGAACUUGGACGAUGUCGGUCCGCACGGAAAGAUCAUCAAGACAUGGGUUCCCGAUGCUCUACACUUUCAGAGGGGUGUCCAGAAUCUCCGGGUGAGAGAUUUGGAGGUGGAAUUUCCGCUUCAACCAAAAGUGAAGUCAGACGUUAAUGGGGCGGCGGACGGAAGCGUCAACGGGCACGGCAACGGUGCCGCCAAUGGUGCACUAUCAACGGCACCAGCCACGAAAACCCCAGAGAUCGACUUGACACUCGUGCAACAGGCGUGGUGGGACGCCAUUCUCUCCUGCUACGCCGCCAUCAAAACCUGUCCUCAACGCAUGCCGCUCGAGAUGCGCAUCAUGGCUGGAUCGCAAGUGACUCUGGCGCCACAGCGAGGCCACAAGCUGGGGACCUGCGCGAUUGAGAUCCUCAGUCUCCACAACGUCGCAGAUAUCUGGCCGGCGUACGCCCAGAAGGUCUUGGACAAGUGGACGAGUUACAAAGACCACGAGGGCAAGAUAGUGCCCGCGCGUGCACACUGGGCGAAAGAGUGGUAUGGGUAUACUGUGCGCGGCAGACGUUGGGAGGAGAUUUUCAAGCAAGAGGAGAGCCAGAACGGUGGAUUCAAGAAGGAGAUCGCGGAGUGGAGAGGCUCCGUGGGGAGAUUGGCCGCGAGAGAUGGCUGGACGACCGCGGAUGCGAGGAGACGAUUUGGGAAUGAAGUCCUUGACUGGUUGUUCUGGCAGGACGGGUCAGCGAAGACGAGCGCUCCGAACGGAGUGGUUGUCGAUGAUGCGACGAAGGGAGAGAAGAAGCCAGGGAUUGCGAAGAGGGUGUUCAAGAGCUGCUUCGGGGAGUGA